AUGUCCAAUACGCGCCGCAAGCCAUAUUUCUACAACCGCGACACGAAUCAGUCGCUCUGGCAGGCGCCUCCAGACUUGACGCCGCAGGAGAUUGAGAAACUGCCGGGAGCAAACUUGCUCAGCGCAUCUCCACCAUCGGGGGGUCCAGAAAUCGCAAAUAUCACGCGUACAAAGCAGGAGGCUAUCGAUAUCUUGCUGGGAUACAAGGACGAGAUUAAUGGCGACCCGCACAAGUUUGCCUCGCUCGCCCAACAGUAUUCUGACUGCUCUUCCCUCGAAAGGAGGUGA